AGGACUCUGCUAACCUGUGGCCUUACAUUGCCAGAGGGCGUCUGCGAUACUUCAACGAGCGACGUGACGCUUUGACGAGACUCUCCUUUCUCAAAGAACGACCAGAUCAUGGGAAAGCCCAGGCAAAACAAGAAAAAAACAUCCAAAUCACGCGAAAAGUCGGUCCUCGGCCCCGGAAAGUCGGUAUCGAAACGCAAGAUGAACGAAGAUCCAGCCACCCUGCUGGAGCAGGCCACUGUCUUUCUACAGACCGGCCAGCCGGAUGCAGCAUUGCCGCUGGCACAACAAGCUCUUGUGCUUGCACCUGCGAACUCUCCCCAUCAAUUGUCCGCGCUGAACACCGUUGCGGAAACAUAUGUGGAACUCGGAGACAUUACAGCGGCUAAAGAGCAUUUCCAACGUGCAGUGGAUUUGGACCCGGAGGGAACGAUACCCGAGUCGCAGGGGGGUGGUGCAGAGAAGUUCCUGUGGCUUGCUCAACUGAGCGAAGAGGGGGGAGCGGACAGCGUUGCUUGGUUUGAGAAGGGCGUCUCCGCAUUGAGGCAUAUCAUCCAGACCUUGGAAGGGAAGACCAGCGCGGGGGAUGUCGCUUUGGCCGACGAGAAGAAAAAGAAGAUGGCCAACGCUCUUUGUGCCGUUUCCGAAAUCUAUAUGACUGACCUUUCAUGGGAGGAGGAUGCAGAAAGCCGGUGUGAGGCUCUAGUUACAGAGGCCCUUCAUGUGACACCCGAUUCCCCUGAAGUACUCCAGACGCUGGCAUCCAUCCGGAUAUCACAACUUCGGCUAGACGAUGCUCGCGCCGCUCUCUCUCGGAGUAUCGAACUAUGGAGGGAUUUGGCUCCAGAAGACACGCGAAUUCCCGACUUCGCAACACGGAUCAGUCUGUCCCGUCUCUUAAUGGAGGUGACCAUGGAGCUUGAGGCUCUAGAGGUGCUGGAGCGCUUGAUCCUGGAGGACGAUCACAGCGUGGAAGCGUGGUAUCUGGGAGGGUGGUGCCUUCACCUUCUAGCCGAAAAUCAACAGGCACCGGCAGAUGCAGAAGGUGAGGACUCUCCCGAGGCCAAACGACAUGCCUCGCUUGUUGCGAGUCGAGAAUGGCUUAAACAAAGCCUGAAGCUCUACGAGGUCUUGGAGUACGAGGACGAGAGGUUAAGAGACCACGCGAUGGAGCUUGUCCAGGAAAUGAAUAAAGAGCUGGGCGAAGACAUGGACGAUGAAGAAGACGGGGAAGGCGAGGACCAGGAGGGUGAGGACGACCUGGACGAGGAAAUCGAGGCUGAGUCGGACGAAGACGACGAGAUGGCCGACUCGUGAACAACGACCCUUCUGUUUUGGAGACUACA